AUGACUUCCUACUCUUCCAAUUGCACUUACGCCACUUUGUUCUUUCUCAUGCUCAGUCUUUGCAAUGCAACGCCAAAUUUCUAUAUCAUCACUGAGGCUAGACCCUUUCCCGACCCAACUCCACCACCUAAUAUCACCGAUCCGAAACAGUCCAUGAGCUGGUGUUCCAGCGUGGCAUCAGAAUUCUGGGCCUCCUACUACCCAACAAUGGCCAGCUCGAUGACUUCAUCAUGGGCAAGUGCGCAAAGCGAAAUCAACAAAUUCGUCGCUACUGCAACGCACUCCAUACCGCCCCAGAUGACAGAUAUGGACACAGUGGCCAUAUACACCGAAUCAGCUAUGUCAUGGUUCACAGCGCUUCCCGAGGAUGUCCAGCGUGCUAAAAUUCAAGAAGGGGAGGCGAUGUAUGUUAUAUGGCGAGCGUAUAUCCGUGGGUUGACCGAACGCCGUUCGAAUGUAUCUCACACGUCGACUGCGAUUCCUUCAAUUACCACAGACUGGUCUUCUGCGGCUUCAACAACCCCUUCGGACACACCUGUUGCAAUGCCUACAACCAAUCUGGACGCGGUGGGAGAUGUCACUUCUUCUUCGACUGCGAGAUUGGGUACGGUGAUUAUCACAAGAACUUUGGACGCAUCGACGGAAACGCACCCCACAACUCAACCGAGCCCCACGGUUCAAUCGGCGCUUGCUGGGAAGGAUACUACGGGUAUAGCUGCGGGUGUAUUGGCGGGUGUUGCGGUCGUGGUCGCGUUCUUGUGA